AUGCCCGCUCAUCAUCAUCGAUGCGCUCAUCGACCACUCAUCGACCGCCCAUCAUCGACCCUCAUCGACCAUCAUCGACCAUCAUCGACCGCCCAUCGACCGGCUCUUGCCCUCGCCGCCUCAUCAUCGCCUCGACCGCCGCUCGCCGCUCGCCAUCGACCGCCUGAUCGCGCUCAUCGCGCUCUCAUCGACCAUCGCUCAUCGCCAUCAUCGCGCCGCAUCGCAUCGUCAUUCGGAUCUCCUGCCUUCGCACAUCAUCAUCAUCGGUCGGUUAAACAUGGCAAUGGUAAGGAUGGCCUCGGACCUUUGGCUGAAGCAUUGAAAAAGUUGAUUAAUAACGCUAUUUCUAAGGCCACAACUUCCCUCCAACACAAAUCCGACAAGCUCUCUUGCUCUCCAAAUCCCUACGCUGCUGACUCCUACUGUAGUCAGCUUGAUGAGCAGAUUAAGUCCAAAAAUGAACAACUUAAAUCACUUGAUAAAGACUCUAAUAAAUCUCUAAUAAAUACUUUAGAAGCUGAAAUACAGCGCCAUAAAUCCAACAAAGAUGACUGCACUAAGUCCCAUUUCAUGGACGAGCAGCGUGCGUCCUCCCUUGAGGAGGAAGUGCAUCAUGGCAUUGAUGUUAUUGUGAAGCUUACACAGUUUAGUGGCUCUGAAAAGAGCAUUGUAACACUAAUUAAUAAAGAAAUUAAGAGGCUUGAAAAGCAGCAUAAUGACUGUCAAAAAUCUCCGCAGCCUCAUGACCCUGGUGACUGUCCUCAGCAUAAAAAGCUUGAGGAGCUUAAAGAGAAACUUGAGACAUUGAAACAGAAUAAAGAUAAAAGUCCACAUGAUUUAUUGAAUAACCUGUGCUCUGGCUUGGAGAAGUUCCUUGGUUACCAAGAAACUUCCAAAGGCUACGAUGGCACGGGCAUCGUGUACUCCGACCUUGACAGGCUGUGCGACGGGGUGAUGUCUUUCCUUCAUGGUGUUCUCCAAAGUGUGAAGGAUGAUGAUAACGUUAUAACAUACAAUAAACAUAUUACUCAGAAUAAUUUAGAUAAUGUUCUAAAACUUCUUACUUCUUCAAUUGGCAAAGGGCGUUCUGGCCUUUCGGAGUCUGUUACCAAGGUAAGUGGGUGGUUGGAUAGACAUGGUGCGCAGGUGGAGGAGAGGACUGGAGGAGUGAAGAGCAAAUUAGGUGAGUUGAUUGAUAAAUUAUCAUCUCCUUCAGGUAAAUACUACAAUCAAGUCUACGACAAGACCGACUUAAAUGGGCAGCUGCACGAGUGGACCAAGACUCUCCAAGGGAUUUCUCAAGAGCUCACAAUAAUAGAAACACAACAAAUUAAUGUCUUAGAUAGCGCACUUAAGGCACGCAUAAUGCACAAAAUAGAGCCGAUUCAGAAGUCGGUUGAGGUGCUGCUUGGGGCGGCUAGGGAGGAUGGGCUUGAGAGAAAGGUGAAGGAGGUGGAUGAGGCGUUACAGAUGGAGCUGUGGAAAUUAUUGGACAAAAUAGGGAAGUUGGAGCAUAUUAAAAGGGAGCAGUUCGACAUAAUUAAAAGAGCGAUAAAAGAUGCGCAGCAUUUUAUGGACAACGGUUUUGACUGGGACUAUAGGUAUAAAGUUCUUGGAAUGUUUGAAGACAUAAAGAGGAAUGUUGAAGACGCUCAUAACGCAUUACAAAAGAAAAAAGGAGAGAUAUCUGGGUGGGUUGGAAAAGCCCAGACGGCGUUUAACACAAUCAAAAAUGGAGUUGUAGGAGGGCCGACCGCUCUAAUCAGUAUAGAUAAACAUUGGACAGAUCUUAAAGAGGAGAUUACCGGACUUGUUGAGGGUUUUAUUGGUAAGGAAGAGGGUGAUACAGGUGAUGGACCGAAUGGUCUUCUUAAUGAAAUUGAAAAUGGCCUCAUGAAUUAUGGUGGAGGCUUCGAUCAUAAAUUUAAGUCGGCGAUUGGCAGUAUAGUUAAGGAACUGGUUGAUGAAGAUAAAGGAGAAAAGGGGUAUCUGUACACAUAUGUCAGUGAGAAUAAACGUCAGAGAAAAUUCUUAGAUUCUGUGCAAAGUAAUGACAUUCGAACCAUUCUUAAUCAAGUGACGCCAAAAGUUAUAUCUCACAUUACAGAAAAGCUUCAGCAACAUGUCGAGAACGUCAAUAUAAGUGAUGUUCGUGAGAUUGAAAAAAUGUUGGACGCUGUUAAGAGGUGUGUUUCUAAUUUCUCGAAAACUUUUAGUCAACAUAAUGAGCUCCAACACGACACAAUAGCCACAGAAAUUGAAGCCAUGUUUACAUCCGAUCCGCCGUUGUUGCCCGCAGUGUCCUCCGAUUCUCCUGCUAAGCCGUAUCUCACUCAAGCCGUUUCCACCAUCCUUACCGCAGUGAAGUCCGCAGCCCAGCGAGUAAAAGAUGAACUCGAAUCUAUUACCACCGACAAGCUUAACAUAAAAUAUAAGCUGGGGAAAAAUGUAGACGAGGCCAUACAGAAAGUGGAAAGUUUCCGCACCACUUUCGGUCCCACUGCCGGAGAUAUUGAUUUUGCAUUGAAUCAGGUGAAACCAAAAAUUGAUGAACUUGGUGAAAUUUUAGAGGAUACUGGCAUAACACUGAAGACUGAUGUCGACGGGCUGACCAGUGUUCUAACAGCACUUGAUAACCUUAAAAAAGAAAACUCCGGCGGUGUAGAUGGUGAGAUAAACAAAAAGAAGAAAGAAGCCGAUGAGAAAAUGAAUGGGCUAAAAACUGAAAUCAAAUACAAACUUCAUGUCAUCGAAUGGAAUACGAGAGAUGCGGAUGCAACAUUGACACAGGAGAUAGAUGCUGUAGAAAAUGCUAUCAAGGAAUCAUUCCAAACACUCACCUCCGAGGUCCGCACCCUAUUCGCCCAGGGCCACAAAGCCGACCUGGCGGCGCUCAAAACGCUGAUAGAGGAGCAGAAGGAGGAGAUAGAGAAGAUAAUCGAGAAGGAUAAAAGCAACGGUGUUAAGGGGCUUUUAAGAGAAAUCCAUGAUCAUAAUACAACUCUUGAUGAUAUGGCGAAAAUCGCAAAAAGGACAGUUUCCAAAAGCUCCGAAUAUUCCAAAAAUUUCACAGAACUGUCCGACGCACUGAAAUGGUAUUUAGAUGCAAUAUUGUAUUAUACUAAAGACCUAGCGAUGACCACGAAUCCAGAUAAGCCAUCCGAAAAGCGAGGAAAUAAUGAGUCUGCUAAGCUCGACAAAAUUAGACUCCGUGUCGACGCUUUACUGGAAUAUCUGAAAUAUCAUGAUCCCGAUAGAAAGUAUAUUUUUGACCACAAUUCCACCAGAUACCUUACCGAAUUAAAUGAAUCAAUCUCCUCCCUCUCCCCCUCCACGUUCCACGGCUUCCACAACCCGCUGCUUCUCGACGCCCUCAAGUCCGGCAUGACGCAAUUCACCGAGCAACUCGUCCACGCGUACGUGAAUAAGUAUAGCGGUAUGAAGUUUGGUCCUUUGACUGAAGAAGACACAUCCAAACAACCAGCCGUUACCGUCCUUUCCACCGAGGGCCGCAACUGCGCCAAGGUAUGCCUGACCAUACUGGAGACGUUGAAUGAGGACUUGAUGGAAUUAAAAGAGAGAUGCAAAUUUGAAUGGCAUUCAAAAGAAAUCCACCGCAUUAGCGGACUUGGCGCUUUCUUCAAUGGCUGCGGUUAUAUUGUGUCCGAUAGGGGUAAGCAGGACGGUGAAUUACAGAGAUCUGAUGAGAUGACAGGUGAGAAGGUCUUUCAGAAACUUACUGCUAAACUUACGAACACCAGCGAAAUUGAUAAACACCUUAAAGAGUGUGAAUCAAAUAAGGAUGACAAGAAAAACAAGCCGAAGAAAGAAGAAGACUUCAAUCUCUCUGACCUGCUCAAGUGUCUUCACCAUCACUUAGAAGAGUAUUAUUCCGUCGGUCACUAUGCAACUUUCACCUCUAAAAGGCAGCCGUGCAGUGUAUAUGAGAUGCUUGUGUGGUGCGCUGGUCUCACGUAUAAUCCUGUAAAUUCAGUUAUGCGUGCCAUCACCAUCAGUGAGCUGUUCGAGGAUCCAAAUAAGCAGGACUCAGAGGAGGAGACUGCAACACUUAUCAGCUACCAAAGCAUACAUGCUUCUCCUCACCCAAUCAGAUAUAAUAACGUCGUAAUGUCGCUCGGCGAGAUGUGUUCUCUAUCCUACGACGUCUUGACCAGAGUCCUUGGGACCGGCGACGAACAUACCGUCUAUGCCAGUGACUUCUGUAACAACUCUCACGGUUUUAAAUAUCCUGGUAGCGGUAAAGAUUGUCUUGACAUGUUGUUAGAUAUAUUGCGUAGAUUGUUCCCACCGCUUAAAUUCCUGCUCAGCCAGUGUAGUUAUCCGACUGCCAUUGGCGGUUGGUCACAGUGCCAGUACGGCAAGGAGAUCCCUCCCGCCAAGUGGCCGUGUAGUGACCACUCAAACAGCAAACCAAAAGGUCAACCAAAGGGCCAGGCAACUGACCAACCAAAGUCAGAACCUGUGUGCCAACCAAAAUCCCCUCUACAAAGCUAUCUAAAUGACUGCCUACCCGGUCAGCUACCGCAUAGGCUAAGCGAUAUAGGCUGCAGAGCCAAAUGUUCUACGUGCCCCGCUAGUACACCAGGAAUGCCCUGUCUCACUCCAUUAGGCUUUAAGGCCUUCUCUGGUAGUACGCGUACCGGUAGGGACCUGUGUAACAUGCUAGAGAAAUUCUUCAACAAUGCGUACGUCACAUCGCUGUUCUGUCUGCUACCCAAAUCACCGUCCACGCUUGCAGAACACUUCAGCUUUGUGUUGUCGCUACUUAAAAGUAUAAAUGCCCACAAUACUAAGCGGAGUAAUGACGUCAAAUCAUUGAAAGAUGAAUUCGAUACAUCAAUCAGUAAACAAUCCAUUACCCUCUACCAGAAUACCUCCACGCUUACCGAUGCACUUGGUAACGCGUAUGGCAGUAGCCAGAGUACGCAUGAUAAAAAUAAACAUCAAGCAAAACUGGUUAAAGACGGAGAGAAUGAACCUUCAAAGGCCGACGUGUCCAGUCUAUGUAUGACUGUUACAUGUCCUGGUGAGCAAUGUGCUCCGUAUAUAUCACCGCUAUGCUGCGACACGUAUUAUUACUUAGGUAACAAACACUCUAACACAUACCUCUCCUGGGCCAUCUACCUCCCAUGGACAUUCUGGGACCUACUCAACAAUCUCUAUAAUUCCUUCUGCUCUAUCACUUGUGCAGAUUGGGGAUGCAGAGGAUGUCUCAGAGGGGACAAGUGCAAGAGUGGCAAGCAUGGCGUCGUAGAGGAUGAGAAGAAAGCAGAUGCCAAUUGUCAGUGUGAAUCCAUAGUAUCCUGCAGAGGCGUGGCACCGACGCUCUACCAGUAUGGAUUCAGCUUCGGCGAGGCGUCGACGUUGAAUGGUAAGACGCCGAAGAAGUGUAAGGAUUUCUGUAGUCAAUUACAUAAGGUGUUACAAUCACGGUAUUUCCAAGAUCUGUUCAAGGAGUGCGACAAAUUCCUUUAUAUUAUCAGAUCACCAUUCAUGAAUACGUUGUUAGCCCUCUGGUCGCUCGCGCUCCUGUACCUGCUGCACAUCGCCGUCGUCCGCCUCGACGUCCUGAGGAUACGCUCCCACCUGCGCUCACCCGCAAGCCACCGCAUCGCCGCACAGUCGCUGCUCGCCGCCGCACGCGUCAAGGCACUCGCCAACGUCAAGGGAAAAGCCUUGGAUGAUAUUGAUGCCCGUCGUAUUUCCCUUGGUCAGCUUGCUGGACAGCUUUCGGGGUUUAUUGGCAAAAGUGACGAAGUUGAAAAAGCAAUUUUGAAUGGCUUGCACAGCAAUGUAACUCAGCUUGAAAAGCUUUUAGGAGCAUCUUGCGGUGAUGGGGGGUGUUGUAAGUAUAAUGAUGAAAAAAAUAACCUUAAUAACGUCAAUGAGACACUUAAAAAUCACCUUAAAGAUGAACAAAAAGCCUCUGAAAUCCUUGCUAAAAUCCUUUCUGCGUGCAAUUUAAAUCCGUCUGAUGGUCCCUUAAAAGAGCUUAAAGAUGAAAUUACUCAAAAAAUUGAUGACCUUAAUAAAAGCAUUGAGGAGCUUAAAAGGCUUAAUAAUGAUGAUAAUAAAAGUAAAAAUGCCUCUGAAAUUGACAAGCUAUCUAAAUCUCUUGAGUCUCAUAAUGCUUCCUUGAAGUCUCUUGAGACACUGAAAGAGCUUUGUGAUUUUGCUGAGAAAAUUGACAAUAAUAAUGAAAAUUGUAAAAACCUUUUAGAUAACCUCUGCACAGGCCUCGAAAAUUUUCUCGGCUACAGUAAUGGUAAUUACACCGGCUCCGGCAUCGUGUACUCCGACCUUGACAGGCUGUGUGACGGGGUGAUGUCUUUCCUUCAUGGUGUUCUAAGUAACAUCCAGCCUAAAUUAGGUCAGCAUAAAACACAAAUUAGCGUUGCACUUAACUCACUUAAAGACACAAAUAAUAAUGGUAUUGCUAAAUACAAGGCGGCGAUAGCCGAGGUGGCCAGUGGUGUACGUGCAUAUAAUGAGAGAGUGGAGCGUUCGAAUUCUAAGGUGAGCACGCCAAUGAAUGUGUUGAUUAAGUACGUCAGAGAAGAUGGUAAGUUUUUUAGUACUGUUAAUAAUUUGCAGAUGACGGAGAGCAGUGACCGCCAUGUGGUUGACGAGGCUGAGAAGCUUAUUAUCACCACUCUGGAAGAGUGCCAGAAGAAAGCCUCCACAUUUAAUAAAACCUUUAAUCUUGACACUGAGACAGACAUGAAUAAUGCUAUAGAUGAUCUUAAUCCUAAAUUGCGUGAUCGUGUUCUUACAGCGUUGAGGGCGGUAGCCCAUGAGAGUAAUAGGCUGGACUCACUUCGUAGGAAAGAAGAAAGCGACUUGGAUCAGAUGACUGCUAAAAUUACUGACGUGCUUGCUGGUGUUCAAGAAAAAAUGAUUUGCAAAAUCGACGAGAAAGUUAAGCAACUUGUUCGUGAGUUACAAGCAUUCUUUCAGAAGAUUAUCGAUCAGCUUGACGGCAUUGACGCGCAGCUGUAUCAGUGCGUUGAGGCGUUAGAAAAAUGGAUAAAAUCUGCAGAUAAGAUUGUCAACGAAGGCAUUGUUAGGGCUACGCAACUCGAAAAUAAGAACGUCGCUUGGGGAGCUAAGCAAGGCAUCGAUGAUGUUGUAAAAAAAAUUAACAAGGGAUUUAUAGAUGCAAAAGGAUAUGUCGAUGAUUUAGUUCAGAAAGCCCUCGCGCAGGUGCAAGCCAUGGACGCGGCGCUCAAGGGGGAUUUGAAGAGGGUGAAGGAGGGGAUAAGGGAGGCGAUAUGGCAAGAGAUUCAGAGAUUGAAGGAUUCAGAUAAUCUUGGUAAGAUGGAUGAAAAAGUAAGGGAUGGAUUGAUUUUGCUGCAAGGGCAAAUUGUUGGUGAUCUAAAGGGGCAUGUUAACAAGGUUCUUGGAGCUAUUAAAACCGACGUGGAUAAAAUUCUUGGUGGCAACGGAAAGGAUACGGAUAAAGGUUUGAAGGGGAUUAAAACAAAGAUUGUUGAAAAGUACGCCAAGGGAUUUACCAGCAGUGAUGGGUUUGCGAAUUUAGUGCAGCAGUGGAUUGAUGAGAUUUUGAAGAAGGAUGAAAUUGUGAAACAGGAAAUUAAAGAUUGUAUUAACCAAUACAAUUCUAAUGUUAAUUUUGAUACGGAAGUUAUUGAUAAAAGCAUGUUGAAAAUUCAUACAGGAAAGACGUCUGUCAUUGCAGAGAAAAUUAAGGAGCAUAUGAAAGAUGAGCUUAAAGUCGAAAUGAAUAACGCUAGCGUCGACCCCCGUGGUGAUGUGCCAAAUGGCGUUCAAGCAAAUAUUCAAGCUGUAUACAAGUGCAUCGAACAAUUUGCCACAUCUCUUGGGGAGAAGAUUAAGGAGGGACAAAAAAAUCCUGGUGAAAAAAAUUCUUUUGUUGAAAGCAUUGCCACAGCUAUUCAGAAGGUUGUGGUGAAAGAUGAUGGUAUUAGUACCAUACACCAUCUCAAAUCUGCAGCGCGUGCAAUUGUAACCGCCUUGCAUUCCGUCGCCUGGAAGGGGGCUGAGCAGCUGAAAGCAGUUCUUGGAAUUGAAGAUACAGAGAUACAAAUCGGUACUAGCGUGGACAAAGCUUUGCAGUUGUGCGAGCCGCUUUCCAACAAGCUCGGCACGGCGCAAAACACUGGCAAUGGUUCUCUCCCUUCUUCUAGCCAAAAUGUUGAUCUUACAAAUUACAAUGUAGAAGAUCACAUCAAGGCGCAAAUCUACAAACACGUUCCCCAGCAGGAGAGUGAAAUAAUUGAGCGUUUUAAGAAAGGCCUCAUGACCGCUUUCCACAGCACCAAUACUAAGCUAAUUGCUGCGUUACAGCAGAAGCAGGGCCUUGAUCUGAAGGUUGAGCAGACGCUGAAUGACAAGAUAGGGACGGACAACGGAAACGCAGGCAAGGACGGCGGCACAAUUUCCAAAUUUCCCAUGGGGAAAUUCUCCCGAUACCAAGACUUCGUCAAGCAAGGCGCAAUGUUCGCCUCCAAACAAGCCUCUGACCUACAAGGCAUCCCAGCCGAAGGCUCCCUCCCCCAGGCCAUCGGGGAAAUCAAGCAGUACGGCUUGACCGGUCUGAAAGAUAAAUUAGGCGCAACUGAAACCGAAAAGCAGAAUAUAACUAGCGGCUUCCUCAACGACAUCACAACAAAUCUCGAAGCUCUCCUCGACACAGUUUCUCGAACCGGCAAAGCUGUUAAGCAGCAAUUGACUCAGCUUCAAACCAAUAUUGGCCAGAACUCUAAGGCGCCUUUAACGGAAACUCAACUUAGGAAAAUUAAAGAGAAUCUUCACGACCUCCGAAAAGUCACGUUAGCGAAGGUCAUUAAGGACACUAAAGAAUUCCUCAGGCCACACGCCGAACUUGCUGGUAUGAGAUGCAUCUCAGCGUUGCAGGGCGACGUCAGACAACAGAUAGACGAUGCAAAAAGGCAACUGACCAUCCAGGCAAAAAAGCAAUACGUCAACUCUGUUAAGGAGUUGCUGUUGGCCUUUGCAAGCAAAGUCAACGAUGAACUCAGAAGGCUGCCGCGAGAAAUUGCCCGUGAUUUGGAGAUUGGCCACAAAGGAUUCAUGAAGAAGAUGGAGGAGCAUUUCGUCAAGACCGUUACAGGACUUCGAGACUUAUCUCCGACGUCCCCUCCAAUAACCACAUCCAAGGGCCGGAAAUUUUAUCCGCUCAGCCAGGCAUCCUCAAAAUUGAAUAAGGCCUACAGUGCAUUCUUCAGCCACUUGGCAUCUCAGUCAGACUUCAAGUCUGACUUUGACAAAAUCAAGGCUUCAAGUGAAGCUAUGUACAAUUUGCUCAACAAACUCGUCACUUCGCAGCACUUUAACCAUGACUUUAGUAAUAAUUUAGAGUCACUCGAAAAAACAUUCACUACAUUUAAUCCAAAAUCAUACGGCGAAGCCAAGAGCCCUUUGCUACUCAACGCUUUGAGACAGGGCUUCUCGGAUUUGGUCGUCGAACUCCAAUUAGCGUACAUAUCCGCGUACGACGAUGCCACAAUUAACUGGGAUGACGAACACAAUCCCGAAAAGGGGAUGUGCGCCAAAGCCUGUCUCAGCAUUGUGCCCACAUUAUUUACCGCUUUAACGGAUCUCAAAAAAUGGCUCGAAAAAUCAAAUAGUAAGCGCAAGACGUAUACCAUAUAUAACGCUAAGAACCCUAAUCACAGCUUACAUAGCCGGUUCCUCCGUGAAAACGGGUACGAUGCUGGCCUCCCCGACGACGCCGAAUAUGGCGAAUUGAAUCACAGACAUGACUUUAAUGGUAGCAAUAUCCUUAAUAAUCUCAAUGGUAACGCAGAUGCAUUGUUCACUUCUAGCCCUACGCCACUAGCCUCACCUCUCCGUUCUGGUGACCAAGACAUACCCGUGGAAUACAGUGAGGAGGAUGGCGUAAUCCCUAAAUUACACAUCUACCUUAAAUUAUACUUUAAUGUUUGCCACACCACUCACAUUGACAAACCCAGAACACCGUGUAAUAUUUAUGAGAUGCUGCUUUGGUGUUCCGGUUUACAGUUUAAUCGCGUAUACAAAAAUCUUCGUGAACAUUGUGAUUCAUUGUUUGAGAAACAGCCAGAUGAGCGCAAUCCUGAACACAAAAUUGCAGUACCAAUUGCUGCAUCUCCGAAAUAUAUUUCCUACAAUGACAUUGAUGCUGCAAUUGAUCACAUUACGUCGCGCUCUUACCAACUGCUGACUGCCAUACUAGGUACAGGCGAUGCAGAGUGCAAGUAUGCAUCUGACUUCUGUACCAACGUCCUUAGAUUACAAUAUCCCUCCAGAGGUGAGGACUGUUUGCACACGUUACUAGAUAUACUACGCAGAAUAUUCCCAGCUCUCCAGUUCCUAGAGAGCAAGUGCAGCAAUCCAGCAACAGAUUUUGGUUGGGGCGAUUGCCUGUACGGUAAAGAUAUCCCUACAGCCAAAUCACAGUGUACCGACCACUCAACCGACAAAGCUACGUGCCAAGCAAAAUGCCAGGCAAAGUGCCAACCAAAUUGCCAACCUAGAUCACCAUUAAUGUCUUACUUAAAUGACUGCUUACCGGGCCAUUUGCCUCACCAAUUGCAAUCGGUGGGAUGUAAAUCUAUAUGUUCGACGUGUACCAAGAGCGGACCUGGUGUACCCUGUAUGACGCCCCUUGGCUUCAGAGCGUUCUCAGGCAGUGUCAAAACCGGCCGUGACAUUUGCGACAUCAUUAGAGAAUUCCUAGGUAACGAGUACAUUCCAGCCCUAUUUAGCCUCGUUCCUAAGCCGCCGUUCACAUUGCCUGAACACUUCAGUUUCACGCUGUCCUUAGUUCGGGGCUGGCAUAAAACCAAAACACCAACCAAAAGCCUGAUCAAACAGUCAGUUGAAUCAUCAAUCAUCGACAUGUCCAUCGCACUAUGUGACGAGCCAAGCAACCUUACAGAUGCGCUUACUGACGCAUACGGCGCCGACUGCAGUAAAUGCGAGCAUCCUCACAUCACCAAUCUCACAAGCUCAGGCAUAUGUAAUAGGGGAGGUAAAGACGUUGCCUGCGCCCCUUACCUAUCGUCACUCUCCUCGGCUGUAUAUCGCUACAUGGCGGAGAAACACGGCAAGUUGUAUCUGUCGUGGGCCAUUUACCUUCCUUGGGCAUUCCAUAAUUAUUUGCGUGAAUUAAUCGAAGCCUUCGCGGCCAUAUUCUGCGAGGACUGGGGAUGCCGCUCGUGCUUACAAAGCGCCAAUUGCAGGCGCGGGAAGCAUGGACUGAGCGAAAAGAAGGAUGACGAAGAUGCAAAGCCUCAUUGCCAGUGCGCUUCCAUUGCGAAAUGUAAGGGUGUCACGCCAACCUUUUACAGCUAUGGGUUUAUCGUUCCUGAUGCAUGGACGUUAGAUGAAGAGGGCACAAGGAAGACAUGCGACAAUUUCUACGACGAAUUAAAGAAUGUCGUUGAAUCAAAAUAUUUCACGAAGCUGUUCGACGCGUGCGACAAUUUCCUUAAAGAAAUAAGGUGGCCUUUCAUGCUAACAUUAUUAUCCCUCUGGUCCCUCUCUUUGCUCUACGUGCUGCACAUCACCGUCGUCCGCCUCGACGUCCUGAGGAUACGCUCCCACCUGCGCUCGCCCUCAAGCCACCGCAUCGCCGCGCAGUCCCUCCUCGCCGCCGCACGCGUCAAGGCACUCGCCAACGUCAAGUACUUCUCACCAUAA